GGCCACACUGCUGGGGUUAAACACCUGUUAGCGUUUGCAUUGCAUAUAUAGAAAAAACAAAUGUCGAAUGAAAGAAGAAACAAGAUAAAUUUAUUUAAGGUUAUGAAUGAUGUUGAAUCCUCGUGCAGGUUUUCUGAUAAAGAGAGUCAAUUUGAAAAAUUAUAACCCCGUGACUUUAUUUGCAUUAUAUUCUCGUAAAAGUAACUCCAACCAAGAUGACAGUUUCAAGAUAGUAGGAAGAAAAGGCGCUGAAACUAAAGAUGAGGUAGCCAACACUAGCCUCGGAGUGAACCCUAACUGGGAGUUGUUGACACCUCAAGGCUUCCGUUUCUAUCUUCCCGGCAACACCGGACCCGCCUGGCAAGAUGUCCACUCAUCUGCCAAUGUAGCUAGUCAUGUUAGUGCCCAUGUUGUAGAAAAUUCUUCAUUAGUUUGCACAGUUCAAGAAUGUCCAAUCCUGCUAAGACCAGGAGUGUUUGAGCUAUUCUCGGGGGCAGACGUGUACGGACAGCUGACUGUCGUCACGUUGGCGCAGACCAAGUUUGCGGCCGGAGACUUGGAGGCUGAACAGCUUACCAAGCAGUUUGUUCUGGCUGCCCAGGACAUCUGUUCCAAGCUCAAGAUGGCCGGCUACUGGGCUGACUUCAUCAAUCCGUUCUCAGGUUUGCCGUAUCUUACCCCGUCAGGAUCCUCUAGUAAACUUUUUGAGACGGACGAACGUUUCCGUUGUCUAGGGUUCCGCAUCUUCCAACGAAACCAAUGCAAAGUCAUCGACAAGUCCAACCGACAGUUUGUGGGCAAUUUGUUCACAUCGGCGCCUCCUAGCACUACAUUGCUGCGAGACAUUCUCCAACAAUAUGAAGAUUGACGAUGAUAAGUUGUAGCGUGAUUUUUCCUCAUUCACUAAUACAUUUUUGUUGGUGUUUGAUUAUUGUUUAUGUAAAAUUAUGUAAUAAAAUAAAAUUUAUAUUUAUUUUA